AUGGGGAAGCAAAUCAACGAUCCUUUGAAGGUCAUCGACGGGAAGAUAACGUCGUUGAAAUGGCUACGAAAUGUUGUUUUGAACACCAAAACGGAGUUUGCCAAUCCAACGGUAGAGAUCUCAUCUCUUCAGUCACCGUGUGCUCUGCUAUGGCGAGCGGUGAGACGUGCUCGGAAACUACCAUCUUCCAAAACGACAGCGUUUAGAAUGGCGGUGAAUUGUCGUCACCGGCUUGAACCAAAGCUCGAUUCGUACUAUUUCGGAAACGCAAUUCAGAGCAUUCCGACGUAUGCCUCAGCCAACGACCUGAACGAGAACGUGAAGGCCCACGAAAACGCUAGGGUGUGGCGAUGUGUAAAGGAUUGGGAGCGGGACCCAUGGUGUUUCCCGUUGGGAAAUUUUGACGGGGCAAUGAUCACAAUGGGAAGUUUGCUGAGAUUUCCGAUGUACGACAAUGAUUUCGGCUUGGGCAGAUCCAUAGCCGUUCAGAGUGGGAGGGCAAAUAAGUUUGACAGUAAGAUUUUGGCAUUUCUGGGGAGGGAAGGUGGUGGGACCGUUGAUUUGGAGGUGGUCUUGGCGCCCAAGACUAUGGCGGGUUUGGAGUUGGAUUCAGAGUUCAUGUAUUACGUGUCGGGUUAUUGA